UGAAAACUAUUUUAUUUUACUAAUUAAAUUAUUACACGUUGUUACAGGUUGUGAUAAUAUGUCAUAUAGGAUUGUAUUUAUUUGACAAUAUACCUUUAACGCUAAUUGCUUUGGGUCUUCUGAGCCAUAUAGUAUACUACUGUUUGCUCAUUGACUUUCCAAACUUCAACUUAACAUCACUGUCAUUUAUUUUGUCAAUUAUUCUGUUAAUUGGAAAUCAAGUACUAACUUUCAAAUUUUUCCGACAAUGUUACACAACAUUAUCAGAAGUUUUUUCAUACUUCACAGUGUGUUUAUGGAUGGUGCCCUUUAUGUUUAUAUUAUCAUUAUCCGCCAAUGAUAAUACAUUACCAAUCACUAAUGUUGAUGACAAUGUAGUAUCACAUUAUUUCACUAAUCGUAAACGAAAUUAUAAAACAAAAAAUCUUUUUACUUAUCUUGGUGAUAUUACUGGUAACAACAAUCAUCUCAAGUAACGAUUCAACAUGAAGAAAUGGUAUUUAUAAUUUCAAGAUAAUAUUAUAUAUAAAUAAAAUUAUUUGUACAUUUAUGUGUUUAAUUAUUUGUAAGAAUAUUAAUUACCAUUGUUAUCUAUUUAUUUUAA